GAAAACAAGGCAAGCACAAUCCCAGAAAGCUCCAAAGUAGCGCGUGCGCACACAUGGAUCCCCUUUGCCUGUUGGUUCUAGAUCUAGCGACACUUGCACGCGGGAGAUGCUCGCAAACACCAGCUCAUCGCCACUAGCAACAUGCCAAUAUCAUAAGCGUAAUCGCAAGCUGCAUCCAGAUUGCAGGUUUGCAGCCACCACCUCCACCAGCAGACCAACCCGUAGCCAACUCCCAAGCUAAAGGAGCUCGUUCCAGAGGUCAGUAAAGCUAACAGCGGUGGUUGGCACGUCGCAGUUGAUACGGAGGCGUAGGCUGCACUUCUCCCACGUCGCCGCCGGCUCAGGCUCCCUGACGCUGGAGAUGGGAACGGGGCGCGCGUCCGUCGUCGGCGCGCUGCUCGUGGCGCUCGCCGUCCUCGCGCCGGCGGUGACGGCGCAGACCUGCAACGACGAGCUGCCGUCCCAGCUUGUCCGCAACUACUCGGGGCUCGCCUGCGCCCCCGUCUGGAACAGCUUCGUGCUCCGGUACGCGCAGGACAAGGACAAUGUGCUGCGGGUGGUGCUGUCGACCAUGUACAGCACGGGGUGGGUGGGGAUGGGGUUCUCCAAGAACGGCCUCAUGGUGGGCUCGAGCGCCAUGGUUGGGUGGAUGGGCAAGACGGGGGUCGCCCACAUCAAGCAGUUCUCGCUGCAGGGCAAGACCCCCUCGCAGGUGGUCGUGGACAAGGGCAUCCUCGUCUCCAACGACCACGACCACACCGUGCUCGUGCAGCAGGCCAAGAUCUACCUCGCCUUCCAGCUCAGGUUCAACGAGCCGCUCAAGCGCCAGAACGUCCUCCUAGCCUUCGGCUCCGCCAUCCCCGUCAACGACCGCCUCUCCGAGCACCAGGACAAGACCUCCAUCACCUUCGAUUUCACCACAGGCAGCUCUUCAAGCGCGUCAUCCUUCCCGGAAGGUCUGAAAAGGACUCACGGGGCGCUCAACUUGUUCGCGUGGGGUGUGCUCCUGCCAAUUGGGGCCAUCGUCGCAAGGUACUGCAGGAGAUGGGACCCUCUGUGGUUCUACCUCCAUGCCGGCAUCCAGUUUGUGGGAUUCAUCCUGGGUCUGGCCGGCAUUGUCGCCGGAGUAUCAUUGUACAGCAAGAUCCAAGCCAACGUCCCGGCGCACAGGGGCCUCGGCAUAUUUGUGCUUGUGCUAGGCAUCUUGCAGAUUCUAGCGAUCUUCCUGAGGCCCAACAAGGACUCCAAGUACCGCAAAUUCUGGAACUGGUACCACCACUGGGUAGGCCGGCUGGCGCUCUUCUUUGCUGCGAUCAACAUUGUCCUCGGGAUCAAGGUCGGCGGCGCCGGCAACUCGUGGAAGAUCGGCUACGGUUUCAACCUGGCCGUCCUCCUGAUCACCAUCAUCACUAUGGAAGUCCUGCUGUGGACGAGGUGGAGAAACAAUAGCAGUUCUACGGCGGCAUAUUAGGGACGAUCGGUUAGGUUCUUGUGCCGUGGUAACUGCAGGAGGUUCAUAUUCUUUAGAUAUUUUUGCGUGCUAUGCUGUUGUUGUAGUGUUCGUGCGUGCUGCAGGGUCUUUUGCAGCAGCUAAGAUCUGCCAAGGCUAGUAGCCUUAUGAUGACCUUUUGGCGUGCAAGACUGCAAAAUAUCAUGAGACGGUCUGCGCCUCUGCGGAACUUGUAUGUGUUCAACUGUUCGUGCUUGCCGUUCCGGUGCUUUUGGGAAUUGGGAAUUUGGGAUUGCUCAAAA